AUGAAUGUCCAACCUGGAGCAAAUCCACAGCAGCCACCGAGAAAUCAGCAGAGGCCGAAACUCCCAACACAGGCUCAAGCUUAUGCAAUGAGGCAGAAGCAGCCAGAGGUGAACCAGGGAAAUAUGGCAGGCAUGGGUAAGCUCUUCAACACACCCGUUACGCUUUUGUUUGAUACUGGUGCUUUGCAUUCUUUUAUUCCUACUCAUUGCGUGACUACCUUAAGACUCGCUACGAAAGAACCUGAACAUAGGAUUGAAGUAUUUUCCCCAGUAGGAAGACGUAUAGAGAUAUCUCGUACUUGCUCGAACUUGGAAAUCACUCUGGGCGAAUUUAAGAUUUUAGCAAACAACCUGAGUGUUAUGAUCAUGUGGGAUGUGCAUAUUAUAUUAGGAAUGUACAGGCUGGCUGAAAACCAUGCCACGAUCAUGUGCAAGGAAAGGAAAAUUUCUUUAGGACCCCCGAAGGUGAAGCUACCCACUAUCGCGGAAUUUCCAUGGGAACGCGAAAAUCUGUAA